ACCGAUGGAGAGAAGACAUCCCGCACACCUUCCCUGCGUAGCUGACAUGCAACUUCUCGACCAGUAAGGUUGUGAGAAGAGAUAAGACGCUUCGGCAAUCUAGGUAACCUCGCAUGCAUGCAUCGUAGUUCUAUCGUAUCCAAACGCCACAAAAUGAUGUUAUCUCCAUCGCUGUGCCAGGACUGGCAGUUCGAAAGCUUUCUAGUCGAUCAAGCAUAGUGGCGGCACAGUCAAGAAGCGCACAUUAGUGCUUCGCCGGAGCUUGGCCAGAUAGUAGCGUCCAUGGCGGCCUUUCGUCUUGUUACCACCCUCGCAGCGCUAUGUGAGCCAAGCCUGCACGCAUCCGAUACCCUAUCAGUGGAGACCAGAGAGACGACGAAAGGCCGCAAUGGGUCUGGCAUAUUCUCCUUCUGUGUGUUACCCUCGCCUUGUCGCUGCUACGCGCGGCGCAAGUGCAAGUGGCGAGGUCAGAGCAUACGACCGCGCUUCCCCAAUGCCUCGCAAUCUCUGUACGGCGCCGAAGGCUUGAGAGCACCUUAUGCCGCAUACAACCUUGCAGGGAAGUUGCUGGUGGCAAGCGGUGUUCCGCGGCCGAGGUCUGUCCGUCCGCUUGAUGUACGCGUGGCAUGCUGGAAACUGCACGUUUGCAACACUGUGGCUGCAGGUAGCUCGGAAGUCGCAUCUUCAGCUCCACGGACCAGCCUUUCACGCUUCAAUGCUGAGCUUGCUAGCGGUAUUGGCAAAGUCUUAUUGUGAAGCAGCCUCUACUACUGUCGUAAUGUAGACGGUGUGAAAGAUGAUAAUGCGUGUUUGAAACAGUUGCUUUGGCCUGUACGCACCGUGGAUCAGUUGAGCUCGCACAUGGUCUAACGAUGAACACAAUGUUCCGUCAGGGUGGGCCACCUUCGCGGCUUCGUGGUGGUCG